CAAAAUAGUGCCAAAAGAAGUGCCGACGAAGACAUCACUACAAUAGACACCGAUUCCGACGAUGAAAUUGAUAUCAAAUCUGAACCGUUAGACGAUUCUUAUGAUGAAAAUUCUGAUUCGGAAUCGGAUGAAGAGAUGACCGAUAAAGUGAAGAAAUUGAUUGACUCAAUGAAAAGUCGAGGAAUUGAUUCAAAUUCUUCCACAUUUUACUUAUUGUAUACAAUUCUUGACUGCAAUAAUAAAAGUGUCAAACAGUCGACCGAAAGAAUAUUUGAAUGUAAGUUUUGGACCAGUUUUGCCAUUUCUAAAGUGAAUCAAGAUUUGUUGGUAUCUGUCAGUGGAUCCAAACCUAAGAGCAAUAAAACAAAGAGAAAAAGGCAUUCAGAGGAGCCAUCAAUUCAUUCAAACCAAUCCAUAAAGAUUUCCAAAUCACCAGAAGUUUUUACUAAUAGAUCCCAUGUAUCGACCACUCAAACCAAUCAAACCAAUCAAACCAAUCAAACCAAUCAUUUAGCGAAUCCAUCAGUAAUACAUUCAAAUUAUUCGACGGCAAUCAUGACACCAGUGAUGCCAUCCGUCACCACUGGUUCUCUUAUACUGAGUUCAUCGCCGAUUACAACUGGCAUAUCAUCCAUACCGAUGAACAAUAGUCCAUCGAUGGGUUCGAUGCUAUUUUUGGUCAAAAAUAGUGUCCCGAAUCAGAUGCCAAUCAUCAGCACUUUUGCCAACAGUACUGUCACAAAGAAUGACAAUUGCAAUGAUAUAAUGAAACGCUUACCCCCUUUGCAACCGAUGAGACCGCCGCCGGCCACCAGAUUAUGUUCGUCGACCGUAUCGACGGUCACCACAUCAUCACCGAUGAUACCAUCAAUCGAUUCGACCAUCACUUCCAGAGCCAACUCCACGUAUAAAUGGGUGUCUCAAUCGGAGGAUCGCAUGAAAAUCAAAUUAAGCUCAAGACUUAAUGCUAGAAAAAGUACUAAUAAUCCG